UGAGGCUGCAGUUCUACUUCGGAAGUUGGCAGCUCGAGGCAAGGGCUCUCUACUCUCGCAGUGGCAGUUCGACUCUGGAAUUAUGAGCAGAGCUGGUCAAACCUGAACGCUGUUUUGAACAUUUAUUCCGAGAUCUAAGACCAUGGAGAUGGGAUUUCACAUCCUUUUAGCGUUCCUCGCCUCCCAGGCUGUGGGGAUUGGGGCGGAGCAGGCUGGGAAUGGGGAGUGUGUUCCUGGGUUCCAGGAGAAGAAAUAUCAGGUGGAGUACAAUGGAGGCUUCCAGAAAGAUCAGCCUCUGCUGCAAGUACUCUUUGAUGACUGCGCAGGCAAUGAGGAUGUGGCCUUUGAGGUUUCCAAUCCUGACUUCCUGAUUGACGAGAACCUGAACCUGGUCGCCCAGGGAGACGUGGUGAGCAGUGGAGCAGUACUCUUCAUCCACGGCCUGAGCCCGCACGCCGACGACAUGGCGCAGGUGGACGUGGUUGGAGCGCCCGCCUGGUCUCUCCACACAACAAAGGAGAUUGUUGCCGUGGACCAAGAGCCGGCCUCCAGACUAAGGAGAUCCCUUCUGGCCCCUCCCAUGUAUGUGAUUGAGAACCAGCGUUCCCCAAUCCCACGCACCAUCGGCAAGUCACAUAUCAUCCCAAAUGAGCUGCGAGCAGACCACACGUUUCGUCUGACAGGCAUGGGUGCAGACGAAGACCCUGUGGGUGUGUUCAGCAUCAACCGGUACACGGGCGAGGUUUCCGUCAGCCGAUCCCUCGACCGGGAGGUCAUCCCCAUCUACCGGCUUCAGGUGUCUACAGUGGACAUGAGCGGCUAUCUUGUGGAGGGGCCUGUGGCGCUGGAGAUUUCAGUGAUUGACCAGAACGAUAACCGUCCCAUCUUCACGGAGCUGCGCUAUUCUGGAGAGGUGUUGGAGGGCUCUCCCACAGGUACCACAGUGAUGACCAUGACAGCAGUGGAUGCGGACGAUCCCAACACAGACAACGCAGUGCUCCGCUACAACAUCAUGCGUCAGUCUCCGGACAAACCCUCGCCCAACAUGUUCUACAUCGACCCCGAGAGAGGCCACAUCGUGACCGUCAUCUCCCCCUCCCUGCUCGACAGAGAGUUCCAGGCCAUAGUAGAUGAAGGCUCGACUGGCGUGGUAGUUAACCUGACCGUGGAUGACCGUGAUGACCCAGCUACAGGUGCCUGGCGGGCAGUCUACUCCAUCAUCAACGGAGACCCCAACCAGAGCUUCGAGAUCACCACCAACCCCGACAACAACGAGGGCAUGCUGUCUGUCAUCAAGCCUCUGGACUAUGAGCGCACAGCCUACCACACUCUGCUCAUAAAGGUGGAGAACGAGGAGCAGCUUGUCCCGGAUGUGGGCUAUGGCCCCAGCUCUACCGCUACCGUCACCGUCACUGUCCAGGACGUGAACGAGGGGCCCAUCUUCUACCCUGACCCCAUGGUGGUCACCAAGGAGGAGAACAUUUCCGUGGGCAGUUUCGUGGCCCUGCUCAAUGCCACCGACCCAGACAACCUCCAGAAUCAGAACGUCAGGUAUGCCGUCCUCAGAGACCCGGCCGGCUGGCUGAAUGUGCACCCAGAGCGGGGGGCAGUCAACACCACCGCAGUGCUGGACCGCGAGUCGCCCUUUGUGCACAACAACCAAUACACAGCUGUCUUCAUGGCCUACGACAACGGUCACCCACCGGCCACAGGCACCGGUACACUGGUGAUCACCCUGCAGGACGUCAACGACAACGCCCCCUAUGUGUACCCCUCGGUGGUGCGGGUGUGUGAGGACGCCAAGGAGCUCAACGUGUUCACGCUGGCCGGCAGGGACAGGGACAUCUCCCCCAACGGCGAGCCCUUUAAGAUCGAACUGGCCAAGCAGAACGGUCUGGACAAGACGUGGAGAGCCACAAGGAUCAACUGGUUUUAG